UAACCAAACAACAUUUAGAAAGAGAGAGAGAGCACUGAGAGUAAGUGUGAGCGAGAUAAAAAGACACAGCACAAAUCAUAUGGAAGAGAGUAAGCCGAAGCAGUUGCCCGUAGUGUAAGCGAAUAAGAAGACAUCAUAUGUAUAUCUUGCUCAGUUGCUCAGUUGCUCGCGUUUUUGGACCUGAUGUCUACAAUAAUUUUCGGCACACUAUUUUCGUUCGGCAUGUCCCAGUCUAAAUGUUGUUUGGUUAGUGCUGUAAAGCAACAGGACGUACUUACCUUUGAUAUAGAUGUAAAAGAAUGUUUUUUUUGUCAAAUUUUGAAAAUUAUGCUAGUCAAAACGUGUCCAAUUCAAUUGACUUUGUUUAUACUUCUGGCAAACUUCAGCGUUCCGGCAAAAUUAUCAAUGGGCAAAUCGAUCGUGUCGCUCAAUCCGGAGAGUUUUGAAAGCGCCUCGAAAAGUCGCAUUUUUUUUGUUGAGUUUUAUGUGCCAGGAUGUUCGAGCUGUUCCCGUUUGUACGUGCUCUUAACUAACUUGCUGGCCACCAUCGAGCACAGCUCCAAUAAUAAUAAUAAUAAUAUUACAAUUGCCGCCAUGGACUGUGAAAAACAUGAAAAGUUUUGUAUCGAUAGAAAUAUAAGCAGCUAUCCAAGUUUAGCGCUAUUCGAGAAGGGCGGCACGCAAUACAAACUCUUCAACGGAUCAGCUGAGCUCUACACAUUGAUCAAGUUUUUGAGCCUGCCAAAUAUUUCCAAUUAUCCGGCGGAUCGUGUACGCAGAGCCGAAACGAGCUGCACGCCCGGCCGUGUGCUCAAACUGAAAUCGGAUACGUUCCGGGCGACAAUUGCCAGCGGGCGAUUUUUUAUCAAAUUUUUCUCAUCCACUUGCCACUAUUGCACGGAACUGGCGCCCAUUUGGACGGAACUGGCCAAAGGAUUGACCGAUCAGACUUUAUGUAUUGCCGAGUACGAUUGCGUGUCCGAGAGAUCCAUUUGCAAUGAACUGAACAUAAAAACUGUGCCGACAAUUCUCUGGUUCCAGGACGGUCGAGUUAUCCAAAGGUAUACGGGCGCACGGCACAUCGAUAACCUGCGCACCUUUGUCGAGGAGAUGCUCAAUGGAACCUACAGGUCGGCGGCUCUGGCAACAAUCACAGUCAAUAGGGCCCCGAGCAUAAUGUGUACUGCACUUGUCUUUGUUUACAUUUACAUAACACAGGGCUAUUACCCAUAAAUUGUCUCGGUCUCCGCUUCUAGAAUAUCAAUAUAUAUAUAUAUAUA